UAAGAACUUUGAUGAAAUAUUGUUUACCUUUCGCAUCUGUCUUCUGUCAGUAAGUCAGCUUCAUAAAGGGUAGGGUGCAGAUAAAUUGUUCCUUAACUGCAGUGGAAGAAUAAUUAGUUGAGAAGUGUGAAGAGAUUUUUUGUUCGAGCAUAUCGUAUUUCAGAAUAACAGUGCCCUCCAAUAUGCUGCUGACACUAACAGAUGACCACAAAAAGCAUUUAAGUUUGUUGAUUGCUCAAACUCCUCAAGGCAUGUAGGACACCUCAAUUACUGGGCUGUGUCAGAACACUGAGAGACAGUAUACAGGACAUCCAUCCCAAGAUCAUUGUCAGCUGAAUGGACAACCUGUCCUAUAAUGGAACGCAAAAUGCCACUUGACCAAGAGGGACAGCUAUGCAGCCCUGCAGACAUUUGAAUGCAACUCACCAGCAGAAAGUGUAAUAGCCUCUAACAUGGAAGGAACAAAAUACCACUAUAUAUUAAGAAAAGUUCUGCAAGACUUCUGCAAGCUGGCACUGGACUUCCUACGUAAAGGUGCAAACAUGAAGUUGUACCAUACUGCUGCAAAUAAACUUGGGGUUCAGCCCGAAGCAAUACGAAAUGUUGUUGAGGGACUUGUCAACCUGCUUGUAGAAAGCAGUAAACAUGAGCUUACUGCAGCUGACUUUAAGGACACUCUAGUAACACUGGGGUUUACUGACCAGCAUCAAGAAGUGCUAUGUUCAUUUUAUGAAGGAGUGAAGUCUGAGAUCAGAGAUGUUCUCUCUAAUAUGACAGUUAGUCUUCCACAUUAUAAAAAUCUUGAAUGGAGGUUUGAAGCUCAAGUAGCAUCAAGAUCAUUAAUGCAACAGGUAACUCCCCUUAUAACAAUGAAUCUUACAUUGACAGAAGCUGGUAAGGGUGAUAACAAUAUUUGCCUUCAAACAGAUCCAAAUAAUUUACUUCAUAUUACACAAGUACUUGAAGAAGCCCUCCGUGAAGCAAAGAGUCAGCACACACGCAGGGUUUUACGGAGCUUUAAAUAGAAAAUAUCCUGUUUGCUCUCUCUCACACCUGUUUACAGUGCUUUCAUAUUGAAAGCAAAUAUGUUGCUAACUGUGGAGCUUACAGACCAGAAUUACAUGCAUAUUCUUACAGAAGAGUUGGUGCCAAAGAGAAAUGACAUGAUUUGGAUAAAGUUCUGAUUGCUGGAAGCAGUACAGUUAUUGCAGUUUGUCUGGUAUCUGAAAUCAAAUGAGCAAGAGAAAAAUUACAUAUGUUAGAAGUAAUGGACAAUACUUUCCAGUGUUUUGCUCACAUUGUUACAUGCAUAAUUGUUUUUGUCUUUUUUUAGGUUUCAAAUGCUGUAAAGCGUAUAUAUUCCAAAUAAAAUAUAUGCUUUUUGCUUUUA